GAGAGUGAAGGAAGGAGUUGGGGUCCGGGCGCGGGGAAUCCGGGCGCAGCCGGACAAGAGCUACGUCCGGCAGCAAGGUAAUAAUUUCAAGAUGCCGGGGCGUUCCACUUCAAGUUCAGGUUCAGGUUCAACUGGUUUUAUAUCCUUCAGUGGUGUAGAAUCUGCACUCUCCUCCUUGAAAAACUUCCAAUCCUGUAUCAACUCCGGGAUGGACACAGCUUCUAGUGUGGCUUUGGAUCUCGUGGAAACUCAGACUGAAGUGAGUAGUGAAUACAGUAUGGAUAAGGCAAUGGUUGAAUUUGCAAUGAUGGAUCGGGAACUAAACCAUUAUUUAAAGGCUGUGCAAUCUACAAUAAACCAUGUAAAAGAAGAACGUUCAGAGAAAAUACCUGAUCUAAAAUUAUUAGUGGAGAAGAAGUUUUUGGCUUUACAGAAUAAGAAUUCCGAUGCAGACUUUCAAAAUAAUGAAAAAUUUGUCCAAUUUAAACAACAGCUGAAAGAACUAAAGAAGCAAUCAGUGAAACCCAAAGAAGAUGGAGGACAGAAUGAGUUCGACAAGAUUAAGGAUAAGGAUGCAAGUAGAGCAGGCAAUGAACGAGAUGGUCUUCAGUCAGACAGAGAGGCUGACAGCACAGAAGGAGUUGAUGAAGAUAUGAUUGUGACUCAAAGUCAGACCAACUUCAUCUGCCCCAUUACACAGUUGGAAAUGAAGAAACCAGUGAAAAAUAAAGUGUGUGGCCACACCUAUGAAGAGGAAGCCAUUGUUCGCAUGAUUGAGUCCAAGCACAAGCGGAAGAAAAAGGCCUGUUGCCCGAAAAUUGGCUGUAGCCACACAGACAUGAGAAUGUCGGACCUCAUCCAGGAUGAGGCGCUGAGAAGAGCGAUUGAGAGCCACAACAAGAAGAGACGUCGCCAGUCCAACUAAGAAACCCCCCUGCCUGCAGGGAACUCCGCAGCCUACCUCCUACCCCAGCCAUCCGUAGAGAGUGAUGCUUGUCAAAGCACUUCGACUGGCUGCAUAGCAUACUUUGGGGUAAAUUUGAAGGUUUUAGUGUAUUUGAAAGCAUUUUUCUAUGUUCCAAUAAGCAUUCAAGUCUAUUAUAUUGUUUAUUUUUAAGUGUUCUCUAAUUUUAAAUAAAACUUUGAUUAU